UACUGAAAGUUGCCGUCUGAAAACGUGUCGAACUUUUCUGUUAAGCUUUUAAAUCUGACUUUGCUUAGUCUCGUGAAAGUCACAUAAAUCUUAGAUGGGCUUAAUUUUGUGUAGUUAAAGAAUCCUAGGUUGCUUUCCUUCGCCUUAACAGUAGGUUGUUGUUGCGUACAGUAGUGCUGGUCCAUCACUUAUAUAUUUUUUCACUUUCUGCUGUGGGGUUCUUGUGAUUUUCCAGUGUAUUUUGAGAUAAAUAAGGUUCUAUAUAAACAUAAAAAAUGGUGAAGAUCUGUUGCAUUGGAGCUGGCUAUGUUGGGGGCCCAACCAUGGCAGUUAUCGCUCUCAAAUGCCCCAAGAUUGAAGUAACUGUUGUGGACAUAUCUGUUCCUCGGAUCACAGCCUGGAACAGCGAUCAGCUUCCCAUUUAUGAACCUGGUCUUGAUGAGGUGGUGAAGCAGUGCAGAGGGAAGAACCUCUUCUUCAGUACUGACGUUGAGAAACAUGUCUCAGAGGCAGAUAUAAUUUUUGUUUCAGUCAACACCCCAACAAAAACUCAAGGGCUUGGCGCUGGCAAAGCUGCAGACCUCACAUAUUGGGAGAGUGCAGCUAGAAUGAUAGCUGAUGUAUCGAAGUCCGACAAGAUUGUUGUUGAGAAAUCGACAGUGCCUGUGAAAACAGCCGAGGCAAUUGAAAAAAUCUUGACUCACAAUAGCAAGGAAAUCAAAUAUCAGAUUCUCUCAAACCCAGAAUUUCUCGCUGAGGGUACGGCCAUUCAGGACCUUUUUAACCCUGACAGGGUUCUCAUUGGAGGUAGAGAAACCCCUGAUGGACAAAAGGCAAUUCAAGCAUUGAAAGAUGUUUAUGCUCAUUGGGUGCCUGAAGACAGGAUCAUCACAACCAAUCUGUGGUCAGCUGAGCUAUCCAAGCUUGCUGCUAAUGCCUUCUUGGCUCAAAGAAUUUCUUCAGUUAAUGCAAUGUCAGCUCUCUGUGAGGCUACCGGUGCGGAUGUGACUCAGGUUUCUCAUGCUGUUGGUAAGGACUCAAGAAUCGGACCCAAGUUUCUAAAUGCAAGUGUUGGUUUCGGUGGCUCUUGCUUUCAGAAAGAUAUACUAAAUUUGAUAUACAUCUGUGAGUGCAAUGGCCUCACAGAAGUUGCUAACUACUGGAAACAAGUUAUUAAGGUGAAUGACUACCAAAAGAAUCGUUUCGUGAACCGUAUUGUUUCUUCGAUGUUUAAUACAGUUUCAGGUAAGAAGAUUGCUGUUCUCGGGUUUGCCUUUAAGAAGGAUACAGGUGACACAAGGGAAACUCCAGCUAUAGAUGUCUGCAAGGGGCUGCUGGGCGACAAGGCUUGCCUGAGCAUAUAUGAUCCGCAAGUGACAGAGGAUCAAAUCCGAAGGGAUCUCACAAUGAAAAAGUUUGAUUGGGAUCAUCCAAUUCACCUCCAGCCAGCAAGCCCCUCUGUUGUGAAACAAGUGAGCGUGGUUUGGGAUGCAUAUCAGGCAACAAAGGAUGCUCAUGGGGUCUGCAUUCUCACCGAGUGGGAUGAAUACAAGACGCUGGAUUAUCAAAAGAUUUAUGAUAACAUGCAGAAACCUGCAUUCAUUUUCGAUGGGCGAAACAUUCUGGAUGCCGCAAAGCUGAGGGAGAUUGGAUUCAUAGUUUACUCAAUUGGGAAAUCAUUGGAUCCAUGGCUCAAAGACACAGUUGCAAUGGCAUAAGAUGAGUUUCAUCAUAUGGGAUCUAAAGCUACAACUUUCAGAGGAAUGCAGAUCUAUUCAUUUUUUAUUUUCAAUGUUUGGUCAUUAUGGCUCUCAAAUCAUAGUAUUUCUUUUCUUACUGGAAAUUUAUGUACCUAGUGAUUUGCUGUUACAAGGAUAAAAGAGAAUAAUGGUAUCAGAAAAGAUUUUCAAAUACACAAAGUGAAGGUUUUCAACUUUGUUUGAA